AUGGACGAUUUUUUAGAAUUAAUAUCUACCAACUAUGUUCAGGGCAUGAAAAAAGCCAAACGGAUACUUUCCAACAAUAGUGAUGAUUUUGAUAAAUAUAAUGGUGAGAUGAAAGAGAAAGCCUCAUUUAAUAGAUGUCUUGUUAACAACAAUGACACUAACAUAUUUGUGACAUGCAAAGAAUGUUGCCUUCUUCCUGUAGAUAUUUUCUGCCUCAAAUGUUUCCAGCAUGAGAAACACAUUGGUCAUCACGUUUCAAUUCUCAGAAGCACACAAGCUGUAUGUGAUUGCGGCAAUCCAAAUGCAAUUAGAGAAGAAGGUUGGUGCGAUAAACAUCAUAAUUAUAUGAAUGAUCAGAGAUUAACUCCAGAAAGAGUUUCCGAAAUUUCGAAAAUCGUUAAAUCUCUUUUAUUAUAUAGUAUUGACAUUUGCGGCGAAAAUCGAUUCAGAAAAAUUAUCAAAUUGAUAGAAGAUCUAAGUCUUUGGGGAGUCGAAUAUAUGGACAUUGUAUCUCAGCUACUUUUUGAAGGAGAUUUCGAAAAUUCCAUUUUUGGUAAGUUGAUGAAUUCUUAUUCAGUUUUUCCUCCUCAAAACACAGAAAAACUUGAUCAUUUCUUUAACACUAUUGUAACUUCUAUGCCAUUCAAAGAAGGAUAUCAAAGGAUGACUCCAGAUCUGCUCAAGAGAUCACUUAAAUUUUUCACAGAUCAACCAAACUUUUUGAAAGAGAGUUUGGAUGUUUUGUCAUUUAGUACACAGUGCAUGAGCGAACCCGAUAAUUUCUAUCAGAUUCCAGAAUUCUUUGAGAUUCUCUAUGACUGCUAUGCUAAAUCAAUUGGAUAUUGCUUGGUUCAUGAACCUAUUGUUCAUUUCAGAAGCUUGGACGAUUUCGAUACAAUUGGCCAUUUCUAUGAAAUCACACUUCAAGUUCUCAAGAAUCAUAAAUUUAUUCAAUACAAAUUCAUGAAUGAUCCUACUGUAACAAUAGAUAAGAUCAUCUCUAUUUUCUCACAACUCAAUGGCGUGCCAUCAAUUGUCAGGCAAUAUAAUGAGAAAGAACCAUUUGAUAACGACUAUUAUACACUCAGUUUCCACUUCCACGAAACAGGGAGUGAGAUGUUCACGUUUAUCUCACAAAGAUUUUCUGAAAUUUAUAACAAACUCACAUCAAAAGAAGAUUUGGAAAAGGCAAAGGAUUCAGUAUCUUUGAUUUUAGGCGAAUUCAAAAAAGCUUUCAUUGAUCAAAUUGAAACUAAAAGCACAAUGUUUGACUGUGAAACAUUCUUUAAAGAUAUUUACCAUGAACAAUUCUCGUUUUUCUAUCCUGUCUAUGAUUUGUUUUGUCAAUGUAUCAUGCGCUACUCAAAGAAAAACAAUGUUUCACCAUAUUAUGUUUUAGAGAACGCCCAUUUUUCCGAAACUGAUAUUUUGAAAGUCAACUCUGUCAUUUGUGGCUGCACAGCUGGAAUUUUUGCUGUUUUUUGUAAAUUAUUCCAGAAGAAUGUUAAUAACAUAUCCAUUAUCUCUUCUUUAAUACAAAACUCGAAUGUUAUAUGGACGGAUUUACUGUUAUGUUCUUUAAUUUCCAAGGAAAACAAAUAUCUAACAGAUAAAUUUAUUUGUCAAAUUUCUGAAUCCUUCUGUUUGCAAAAAUUCUUAAAUGAGACCGAAUAUGUCGAAGAACUUUCAUUAUUAAUGGCAAGCUUAAUUAGAAUUAUAUUAAUAUUGUCUUUCUACAGAGAUUGGUCGAUGUUUGAGUUAUCAAAAGCCGAAUGGCAGAAAGCAAUAUUGAAAUGUUUUCUCAAGAGUGGCUGUAAAAACAGGAAAGAGAUUAACAACAAGAGUUACAUGUUUAUGCAAGCAGAAAACUACGAUGAUGUGAUUUCAAGUGUUGCAGAUAUCCAAAGGAAACCGACAGGCUCUGAGCUCUCUCUCAAAAAUGAAAAAGAGGUUCCUUUGUUUUCUCCUUAUAUCACUUUUUCUGACUAUCAGCUUUUAAUUUCAAAAGAAAACGAAAACCUUUGUUAUCUUCCUUUGCAAAACUGUGAACCUUAUUUGGUUUUGUCUGAUAAUUAUUAUCAUUUAUUAUCGUAUUUGUUAGAUUCCAUUGCAAAGGAUGACAGAAAGCAAUCUUUUGUUUUAUUCUACUCAAUAUUGAUGUCGUUCAGAAUCAUUCUUCAUUUUGCAGAGGAUAAAAUGAAAUACAAGAAUUUGGUAAUUUCUUUGAUGCAUGAACCAGAAAAAACAUCAACAGGACAAGAUCUUUUUGAGAAUUUCUUGAAAGAAAACCCGAUUUUUGCAGACAUCAAAAAUGUAAAGACAGAAAAAAGUGAAGAAACAAAAGGUGUUUCUAUAAAAGAUAUAAUGAAGCAGUUUCAAACAGAGAACUUGUUUGAUGGGGAAGAUUCAGAUGAGGAAGAGGAACAGAACGAAGUUAAAUGUGCAUUUUGUGGCAUGGCAAUCAGGAAUUUUGAACCAAAAUGUCUUUUAGUAACAGCAUAUAACUCUAAUCUAUUAACUGUUUUGGAGAACAAUAUCUCUGGCUAUUCACUUCCUCGAUUCCCUGAAUUUAUGAUUUUUAGAACAUGUGGUCAUUUCUGCCACGAAAUCUGCUAUCCAAAGAGUGAAAUAGACGAUGUACCAUUGAUUUUAAGAAUGUACGCAGCAAAACCAAAACCACCAACAUGUCCUCUGGACAGAUCAAUUUGCAACUCAAAAAUCCCAAUUAUUAAUUCUGAAGAGGAUCAAACGGAAAGAGUUCUGAAGUUUGAGACAGAGCUGCAACUACCCGAUGAUAUUACAUUGAGGCAAAAUGUAUUACAGAAUAUUUGCUUGUUCGAAAUCUUAUUGAGAACAAAUGAAAACUAUUUAGAAAAGAAGCAAACAAUAAGAUUAAUGUUUUCUAAUUUACUCAGGAUUUGUUUCCAUUCGAAGGAUGAAGAAAUAAUAUAUUCUGAUGUUUUUAUUCAGUUCGGAAUGAAAUUAUUCUCCAUGAAAGUUGAAGAUUAUGAAAAUAUCCUGAAAGAAUUUUGGCCAAAAUUUGUUACAAACAGUCUCGAAGCAGGUGGAAGUGAUUAUCUUAUGACAUAUAUCAGAAGAUGCCAUCUGUUGUAUAAUCUAAUUGACGAAAAUAACAAAUUCACGAUGCCAAAAAGUGUAGAAGAGUUUAUUGAAUUGCACAAGUUACCUAAAGUUGAAAAUGUUUCUAAAAAUGAUGAUUUACUUGUUGCUUCUGUUCCUUCCCCUUGUAAGAAGUUUAAUUCCAGCUUCCUUCCUUCUAAUUUCACCGAUUAUUUCACUCAGAAUGACAAAGGUUUCACAAAGAAUUUAUGCCGUACAGAUAUUUCUGUUUCACAGUGUUUACUAUGUGGUAAAUUUGUCUAUUCGAUUCCUAUUGGAUCAUCUCUUGCCAAGCAAGUCAAAGGACUAGAAUUCCUCAGAGAUCAUAUCAUGAAUUGCAACCAUGGAGCUGCGACACCUUUUCUCCACAUCACAGGAUCUAAUGCUUCAGGUGUUGAUGUAGUCGACCAUCAAUUCAUAACAAAAUAUGACCAUGGAAGUAUUUAUGUCGAUAAUUUCGGAGAUACUGAUAUUGGACUGUUAAGAGGUUCGAUUCUGCACCUGGAGAAGGAUUUGUUUGAGGAAAUAAUUGAGCAAACAAUGAAUAGUGAAUUAAGAAGACUCGUUGAAGAAAAAGAGCCUACAACGCUUGAGGAACUUCAACAACAGCAACUUAUUCGUAUUGAAAUUAAUAAUGUAUAA